UGCCAAAUAUAGCAGUGGUGGCUUUUGGAACUAAUUAAGGGCACCAAAUUCUAAAAGUAGUCGCAAAAUCCUUUCUUUUUUCUGGAAAAAAUCACCAAAAUGACCCAGAGCACCCUCCAGAAAAAGAAAUUAGCCAUUGGCGGUGGUAUCCUGAGUGCCUUUGGCUUGAUAGCUUGUGAAAUUUUUCGUAUCCGGAAGAAAUUGAAUGCGCUAGUAGAUACCAGUGUGAUGGAUUACGACCAGAAGAGGCCAGAUUACAUCUAUGUUAACUACUCUAUCUACAGGGAGUCCAUAAGGCUGAUGCAGGAGGAGCAAGGUAGCAAGACUUUUGUAAAUAUUAUCAGUCAUCCAAUUGAAAAGUGGUGGAAAGCUAUGAAGCACUCGGUGGCCUGGCGACUCCUGAAUAUGGCUCAAACUUCCGAUAGACACGAUAGGGUAAAAGCUGUGCGACAAUUGGUUCUUGUUGAUCAUCUCAAAACAUGGGAUUAUCAGCACCUAGCUCAAAUUUGUGACGCACGCACUGCUGUUUCCUUGGCACGAUCAAACUGCGAUCUUCGAUGGUUCCUACCACCUCGGCACAUGGGUAUUGUACGUAAUCCGAAGCUUCUGCUUAAAGAUAUUCACAGACUCUUUGAGAAUGUUCAGAGUAACAAAUGUGCAGCUACUUUGCUUCAAAAAACCUUCGGAAAAUAUGAGUUUCAGGAGGUUGAACCCAGCCAGGAGGUGCUUCACUACGUCAAGGGUUUCCCAAAGAUGGGAACAGAAUUGGAACUGUUGAAGCAGUGCAUUGAUGUCCUGUCCCAUCUUUCGGAAUAUAAAGACGUUGCUGAGAGAAUCAUCGCGGAAGGUGGUUUGAUGCACUUGAUGGAAAUUUAUAAAAUCUUCAGGGAUGAUUUUGAAAUGAAGCUAAAGAUUUGUAAAGUCAUUGCAAAUCUGAGUGUUUGCUCUCAGAAAUUCAAGGACUUCUUCAUCACAGGAUGGAUUACAAUUCUAGCUCAGUGGACACGGCAUGAGGAUAUGCGCAUCUGCGUAACGUCAGCCAAAACUCUCAGGAACCUUGAUACAGAUGACUCAACUUAUUGCCUCUACAAAUCCAAAAUUUAUCCACUCUAUCCACUGUGGAGACGAAAGAAGCGCCCUGAAGUGGAUGUUGUUUUCGUCCAUGGAAUUUUGGGGGGUGUUUUUGUCACGUGGCGUCAAAAGGAAGGUACGGGGAGUGAAGGAAUGCGACAGGGUGGUGUGAUUAAAAUGACAAAAGCACCCAACAAAAGCUUUAAAACUGAACUUCUUGAAUCUCUCGAAGGGAUUGAUAGAACUCACGGGGAAUUACCAGAGGAAUGGGAGGUUGUCUAUGAGGAUUGCCCUGAAGAAGCUUCUCCAGAUGCUAAAGGACCAUUUAGUAUUUCAGGUGAUGAAUGGAAUGCACCUGAUGGCAAAAGUUACUCAAACUGCUGGGCAAUGGAUUGGUUGCAGGAAUCCUUUCCGGAUAUUCGAGUUAUUGGUCUAAACUACGACUCCACACUGUCAGAGUGGUAUUCAAAGAGUCACGGCUGUGGAUGCCACAUUACACGUGGAACCGUUGAAUCUCGAUCACGGGAGUUUUUGGAACAGCUCGUGGAGGCUAAAGUUGGUCAAGAUGGUAGACCAGUUGUAUGGGUUGGGCACUCGAUGGGUGGUUUAAUUGUCAAGAGCAUCAUAACCCAAGCAUUGAGUCAUCAAAAUGAAAAGAUAAAAGACAUUGGUGCCAAUACAAGAGGUAUAAUGUUCUUAGGAACACCACACAGAGGAACACCUGUUGCAAAGCUAAAACAGCACACGCAGAUGCUUCUAUCGCCAACACUCGAAGUUCGCGAAAUGGAAGAGAAUGCUAAGAGUCUUUUGGCACUCCAUUCAGAUUUCAUCGACAAAGUCCUCAAAUCUAAUCCAAAUGUAGAGAUUGUUAGCAUUGCUGAAGGGUUACCAACAAUUCUAACGAGUUUCAAACUCUCCUAUCAUGUUGUUACCGAGGAAUCUGCACGAAUCGAAUUGGGAGACUUUUAUCGGCUAAAUGAUGAUCACUUAGGCAUCUGUAAGCCAUCAUCUCGACAUUCUUUCCUCUACCAGCGUCUCCUGGGCGUCAUUCAAAGGAUUCAUGAGGAUCUCAAUGCCACAAAGAAAUUAUGACCCCGCCAUGACAAUGGAUGAUCAAUUAAUCGAAUUAACAUAAAAUUAUUUUGCACAUCCUGUAUACAUAUUCUAAAGUUUUGGACCAUGACGCCCACAUCCCAUCUCGACUCUAGAGAAAUUAUUAAUUUAUUGAACUUACCUGUAAAGCUUUCAAACUGUUUUAGAGCUUCUGAAUUUUUAUUAGUGAAAUAUAUAAUCUAUUUAUAUAUAAAUAAA